AUGUCGAAGCGACCAAAAUCCGGAAAAAGAGGCAAUUUGUCUCAAUUUGGCCUAAUAGACAUUCCGGACUUAGAUGACGAUGAACCAAUGGAUCUAUCUGAUGGUGAUGAUGAUCUAGAAGCAGAACUCGCUGCUAUCACUGGUGGAGGAGCGGCAAAGAUGAGUAGACCUAGGAAACCAGCUGCUGUUGCCCCUGCUGAUCUAGAUGCUAUGAUUGCUGCUAGUUUAAGAGAUGUACCUUCUGAUGAUGAAGCCUCAGGUGAUGAUGAUGACCCCGAUCUACUAAAUGAGCUACAAGCUUUGGCCUUUGAUGAAGCACCACCAAGGGUCAAUAGACCUGCUCCUGCUCCACCAGGGGCUGUUAGUGCUGAAAACAGUACUGUUAGUUUAUUGCAAGACAGGAUAUCCAAUUAUACUUUAGCUGAGAAGAACGCAAAGGACAGUGGAGAGAGUAGUCGUGCGCGUAGAUUUUCACGUGGCCUGAAAACUUUGAAUGAUUUGUUAAAACAAGCAAAAGCUGGUAAACCCAUUAAUAACGAAGACAUUCCACCUCCCGUCAGCGUAGGAAAAUCAGAUAAAACGUCAGCUGCUCCAGAUGCACUGCCAAUACAGCCAACAACUCCUGCAGAACCCCCUAGUUUUGAUACAACGCCCGAAGUACCUCCUCAUUUUGACAUACCGCCUCAGCCACCACGGAGAGCACCAGCGCCACCACCUCGUACAGAGUCGCUGGGACAGAGACCUACAACACCCCCUGAGCCCAAGGAACCUCCUCCACAGUUACCAGCUGAAGAUAGAAUGGAUCCUGCGAGAGAAGAAGGCUUAAACAUGAUACUGAGAAGAAAAGAGGAAUUUAAAGCAGCGGCGUUAGCUAGCAAACACGCGGGUGAUAAAACUAUGGCUUUGGAAUACCUAAAAGUAGUCAAGCAGUUUGAUAUUGUGGUGGACGCAUACAAGUCAGGUCAAGAGAUGGAUCUGAAUGAACUUCCGACAACCGAAGCCAUUGCUGCUAUGGUCAAGGGACAAAGAACAGAAGAACAAACACAAAGUUCUGAAGCAGUACCCGAGCCUGUACCACAACCUCAAGGACUGAUAACAGCUUCCACCGUUGAUGAAGCCCUAAAGCAGAGGCUAGCUGCUUUUCAGGAACAAGAAUCCAAAGCGAAGGAGGAAGGCAAUUCUUCAAAGGCUCGAAGAAUGGGCAGGAUAAUAAAGCAGUACCAAGACGCAAUCAAGUUACACAAUGCGGGGAAACCCCUACUUCUAGAUGAACUUCCGACACCCGCCGGGUACGCCCCUAUACCCGGUGAAGGGUCUCACCAAGCAUCAGCCCCAAAGCCGCCAGCCCCUCAGCCGUCAGCAUCUGCCUCCCCGUCACCAUCACGUGCGCCCCCUCCUCGCAUAUCGCCCAAGCAGAUGACCCGUAAUGACAAACAGCUGUUGCUGCUGAUGCAUAGACAAAAGGAGUUUAAAGAGGCGGCUUUGAAGGCUAAGAAGAGUGGUAACUUGGAGCAAGCCAAAGAGUAUCUUCGAGCAGCUAAAGGUUUCGAUUCGCUAAUAGAAGCAACAAAAGGCGGUCUUCCAGUUGAUUUAAAGUCCCUCCCCCUACCCCCGACAGCUAAGAAAGAAAUGGAUGAGACUUUCGACAUAGUCUCAGCUGAAGACUGUGGGCCACCAGACGAUACGUCCAUAUCCCCGGAAGACGAUAAUGUGAUGUCCCUGCUGCACGCCCAACUGACUAAUCAACUCAAACUGUGCCUCACAAACAGAGACCAUUAUAAGGCCAUGGGAAAUAUAGCCGAGAGCAAUCGCUUUGAGCACCUCGCUGUGACUGUUAAACAGGACUUGGACGUGGUGUCUGUUGCCAAAUCCUUGGGUCAAGAUCCACCAAAAUUCCACUAUGAAAUGCGACAGUUCUCAAUAGUUCAGUGCAACACGGACAUCAAUGAAAGCGAAUUAGAGUUAACCGUAGUGCGCGGGAUUGCUUACAACGUGCCGAACCCUAAGGAGAUCGACACUUAUGUCAAAUUCGAGUUUCCCUAUCCGCAAGACGCGCCCGUAUCUGAUCGCACGCAGCUGGUUAAGGACACGAACAGUCCUCAAUACGACGCGGUCUUCACUAUACCGAUCCAACGGCAAAGGGCGUGUCUCAGGGUAUUCAAGAGACACGCUGUGAAAUUCGAAGUCUACUCGCGAGGUGGCUGGUUCAGUCGAGACACGGUCAUCGGCACCGCAGCUGUCAAAUUGGCCCCAUUGGAGACACAGGUCACGCUGCAUGAAGCUUACCAGUUGAUGGACGGACGUCGCCCAGCGGGAGGAUCUAUUGAAGUGCGAAUGCGCGUGCGCACUCCAAUGCUACAGCAGCAGAUAGUACACACUAAACAUCGGUGGCUUGUUAUUGAUAACGAGGGAUAG